GGGUCACAGCGCCACCCGGCGGAGAGGAGGACUCCUCGUACCGACAACUGGAGCUGGGGGUCACAGCGCCACCCGGCGGAGGGGAGGACUCCUCGUACCGACAACUGGAGCUGGGGGUCACAGCGCCACCCGGCGGAGGGGAGGACUCCUCGUACCGACAACUGGAGCUGGGGGUCACAGCGCCACCCGGCGGAGGGGAGGACUCCUCGUACCGACAACUGGAGCUGGGGGUCACAGCGCCACCCGGCGGAGGGGAGGACUCCUCCCUCCACAGGCUCCAAGCUGGUUGUUGGCGACUGUUGAAGUUUUGAGUCCUUCUGAUAUAAAAAAAGAAAGUCAAGUUGGAAUGAAAAGAUGUCUUCCUCAGAGAAACCUGUUCUCAUCAAACCCUCGCUGACUGAGGCGCAGGCUGUCGAGUUGGUCGAGCGGUUGUACGGUCUGAAGGUCUCCAGUGUCCAACCAAUGCCCGGUUACGAUGACCAGAACUUCCACAUCCUGGUGUCUGAGAACCAGGUGACCAGAGAUCACAGUCAGAGCUACAUCCUCAAGGUGAUGAAUACUGGUGACAGUGAAGAUGCUGAUUUAAUUGAAGCACAAACACGAGCCAUGGUGUUUUUGAGUGAGAAAGGAUUUCCUUCACCCACACCAAUCCCAACCAUUGAUGGCAAGAUUAUGUCGUUGGAGACGAUUGACUGUGGAGGACAAUCGAAGGCCCACAUGGUCCGGUUACUGACCUAUCUCCCUGGACUUCCAUUGUCUGAAAUGCCUAUAGGGCCUCAGAUCUUGUACAAAGUUGGUCAAACCCUCGCACGAAUGAAUGAGGUGCUUGCAGAAUUCCACCAUCCUUUCCGGAAGAGUCUGCAGCGGCCGGAUUUCCUCUGGAAGCUCUCAAACAUUCACUUGCUGAACAAGUAUCUUUAUGCAGUGGGAGAGGGAAGGGAUCGCCAAAUUAUAGAGCAAAUUAUUCAGCAAUUCCAGGAAGAGAUAAUUCCAAAUCUCUGCAAGUUGCGUCAAAGCUUGAAUCACGGAGACUUCAGUCACACCAACAUUCUAGUCCAGCCUGUUCACCCCUCAGCUAACCACUCCAACCCAACUGAGCUGCAGCAGGAACUGGACAUCUCUGGGUUACUGGACUUCAGUGACAUGAAUUAUGGUUAUUAUGUCUUUGAUGUGGCCAUAUCCAUAAUGUAUCUGAUGCUGGGGAGUAACGAUCCCAUUGGUGCAGGGGGCCAUGUCCUCUCGGGCUUUGAAAGUGUGAUCCCGUUACUUCCUGAGGAGCAAGAUGCCAUUUUUCUGCUGGUUCUUUGCAGGUUUUCUCAGUCACUGGUUAUGGGGAGAUACAAUGCUCUGCUUUACCCUGAAAAUGCAGAGUACCUUCUGAGCAUUGGGAGAGCUGGCUGGAAGUGUCUCCACCAACUGUGGUCGCUGGGGAAAGAGGCAGUGGGGAAGAUUUGGUUUGAGGCAGGCAAGUUCCAAAGCACUUGAUGCAGACCCUGUUUCAGUGUAGUCCCAGGCUUCCAGGAGAACAAGGACAUCUCGAUGAAGAGGAUUAUUAGAUUAGAUUAGAUUCCCUACAGUACGGAAACAAGCCCUUCAGCCCAACAAGUCCAUACCAAUCCUCCAAAGAGUAACCCAGCCAGACCCAGUCUCCUACCCUAUAUUU